AUUGCAGAUAAAAAAGAAAAUGUGUGGAGGAGAGAGAAAAGGUUGCUAGAAAUAAUUUCUUUGUAAGUUACAUAACCUCCCCUCAAUGUAUUUAGGAAUGUGUCUCUGCCUUUCAGGCAUAACCCACCAUCUUCCUUUAAAGCAGCAGUCAAGGAGAUUUUGCACUAAGAUGUUGGAUUGUGAAAUGUAGCAGCUGAGGCAUGGACACGUCUCCCUCUGUUCCCCCUUCCACGGGCAGAGCCUUCAGACAGAGAGGACAGAUGUGUCUGGGAAUGGCAUCAUCCCCAACCACUGCAGCAAAGCCUCCAGAUGGCCGGGCACGCAGUGAGUGCUUGGUGUGGAGCAUCUCCCAAGGAGACCUGAGACAGUCAAGAACAGGUCUAAGAAGAGCUCUAAGAAAGGAAAUAGCAGCAGCAGUAGCAACAGCAAAUUGCCUCCAGUUUGCUAUGAAAUCAUUACCUUGAAGACCAAAAAGAAGAAGAAGAUGGCUGCUGAUAUUUUUCCCCGAAAGAAACCAGCUAAUACUAAUACAACUGCUGUCCAGCAGUACCAUCAGCAAAAUCUCAAUAACAACAACACUAUUCCUGCACCUAAUUGGCAAGGACUUUAUCCAACCAUCAGAGAGAGAAAUGCAGUGAUGUUCAACAAUGACUUGAUGGCAGAUGUUCAUUUUGUGGUCGGGCCACCAGGUGGGACCCAGCGGCUGCCAGGACACAAAUAUGUCCUGGCUGUUGGGAGCUCUGUAUUCCAUGCAAUGUUUUACGGAGAGCUUGCUGAGGACAAAGAUGAAAUCCGUAUACCAGAUGUUGAGCCUGCUGCUUUUCUUGCAAUGCUGAAGUACAUCUAUUGUGAUGAGAUUGAUUUGGCCGCAGACACUGUCCUGGCCACUCUUUAUGCUGCCAAGAAGUACAUUGUCCCUCACCUGGCCCGUGCCUGCGUUAACUUUCUCGAGACAAGUCUGAGUGCAAAGAAUGCCUGUGUGCUGCUCUCCCAGAGCUGCUUAUUUGAGGAACCUGACCUGACCCAGCGCUGCUGGGAAGUGAUUGAUGCCCAAGCUGAGCUCGCUUUGAAGUCUGAGGGCUUCUGUGACAUUGAUUUUCAGACACUUGAAAGCAUUCUCCGAAGGGAGACUCUGAAUGCCAAAGAAAUUGUUGUUUUCGAGGCAGCUCUGAACUGGGCUGAAGUGGAGUGCCAGCGACAAGAGCUGACGGCCACCAUAGAGAACAAGCGCAAGGUGCUGGGCAAGGCUCUCUACCUGAUCCGCAUCCCUACCAUGGCCCUCGACGACUUCGCCAACGGCGCUGCUCAGUCCGGGAUCCUGACUCUCAACGAAACCAACGACAUCUUCCUCUGGUACACGGCUGCCAAAAAGCCGGAGCUGCAGUUUGUCAGCAAGCCCCGCAAAGGCCUGGUCCCUCAGCGCUGCCACCGCUUCCAGUCCUGCGCGUACCGCAGCAACCAGUGGCGCUACCGGGGCCGCUGCGACAGCAUCCAGUUUGCUGUCGAUAAGAGAGUGUUUAUUGCUGGCUUUGGGCUCUACGGCUCCAGCUGUGGGUCGGCAGAGUACAGUGCUAAGAUUGAACUGAAGCGACAAGGAGUUAUCCUGGGCCAGAACUUGAGUAAAUACUUCUCGGAUGGUUCUAGUAACACUUUUCCCGUGUGGUUUGAGUAUCCAGUGCAGAUUGAGCCUGACACCUUUUACACAGCAAGCGUGAUUCUGGAUGGUAACGAACUCAGCUAUUUUGGACAAGAAGGAAUGACAGAAGUUCAGUGUGGGAAGGUGACUGUUCAGUUUCAGUGCUCCUCGGACAGUACAAAUGGCACAGGGGUACAGGGAGGACAAAUUCCUGAACUCAUAUUUUACGCUUGAAUGGGAGUGUGUGGAUACAAAGCAUUUUGCUAUGAAGAACCUGUCUAGUUCAGGCCUACUGAUUCUUAGCUUUUUAUCUGCAGAUAUGUGAUCAGUACAGGGAAUAUGUAACUAAAUGCUGUGGGCAAGUUCCUGGCUUGCUGUACUUGUAGCAUCAUUGGUAAUUAAGUGUAAUAUUUAAACUGGAAGCUCUUAGAAACAAGCAAAUUUUAAAGGCUUUGUAAAGGGGGUGCCUGUUUGCUGGUGAUGCUGACCCUUUCUUUGACGCACCGGUGAGGACAUCCCCCUCUUGUAUCUCACUAAACACUGUCUUCAUUGACCCAUUUUUCUUUCUCCAUUUUCUGCUUUCUGCUUGUCUUGGGGAGGUAGGGAUAGAAAACAAAGACUUGUUUUACAGCUCUCUCUGCUGUCUGCUCUGCAGACUUUAGAGAUUCCAGUGAACCAAGCUGCUUCUGACCAUGGGGGCUGAAAGAAGUCCUUCAGUUAAAAGCAGAAAAAGCACAAGUUUAAACCUUCAUCCUGUGAGAUUCUCCUGUAGCCAACUCUUUGGGAUGGCUCCAGGGGAAGAUGGGAAGAAGGAAGCAUCUUUCAGGAAGCUCCAUGGCAUACCAGCCAUAUCCCCAGUGCAUGGACAUGUUCACAGUGAGAAAGGGAGGUGGGCUUGGCAAGUUACCACCCCUGGAGUUCAUUUUGUAGGAAUCCCACCUUGCAGGCAAGGAAGUACUUGCAUGUGUUCAAAUUGUGUAUGCAGCUCUUGAAACUCUACUCCCAUGAUCCAGGUUUUGCUACACUGGAGUUGAUCUGCUCUUUAAAUGGCAUUUCUUUGAACCCUUGCUAAAUAAAUGGGAAUUUAUAUAAAUCAUCUAGUGCAGGAUAAUUUUUUGUUUGUUUUGGGUGGGUUUUUUCUUCUUCCUAAAUAUGGUAGAGGCAGAUUUUAGAGGAACAAAAUAAUGUAUCAAUCUUAACUUGGAUUUUUUUUUCUGUAAUAUGAGAUUUUUUUUUCUUUUUAUUACCAGUUGAAAUUAACAGUUCAGAAUCUUCUGAAGACAGAAGAUUCCCAACUGUGGUCACGUUACACUUAGUGUAUACCAUCCAAUGGCAGUGAGGGGAAGGAAGUCUCCCCUAAUGGGUUAUUGUUGGAGCUCUUGCAAUUGCUUAUGGCUACACAUCAAUCAGAGGAUUAUGUGGUCUGGAACCUUUUCUUUGCCUGAAAAGGUUCCCUUUCCUUUCCUUUCCUUGCUUUUCUCCCCAGGAAGUUACAUGUCCAUAUCAUUUUUGAUGAUGUAACAGGAAGUUACAUGUCUGUAUCACUUUUGGAAAAGUAUGAGGGAUACUCCUUGUAUCAGGGGAGGAAACCAGUAUAAAUAAGAACUACAGGUACUAUUGAAACAUGAGAAAAUCCUUCAUCACUGCAGUGGGGACAGUUGUUCCUCAAAGGCUGCACUGCCCAUUGUAAAGCAUCCUGCUUCACCUCUGAAAUGGGUUCUGUUUGUAGCGUAUCUUUUAACAAAAUGAGAGGACCAAAUGAUUCUUUAGACCUGCUGAAGAUUAAUAUUACAGUAUAUCCACACAUUAAUGUAGCUUAACCCUAAAUUCACUUGUCAGUUCUGUAAUAAAAAUGUUUUUCUCAUAUUAUUUUACCAGUUUAAGACUGUUACUCUAAGUGUUGCUUGAUGGUUGGAAUCCUGGCCCCCAGCCAUCAGAAAGUGCCAAAAUACAUCUCUGCAGUGUCCAAAAUACCAUCUGAAGUAAGGAAAAGUGGAGUGUAGUCAAAGCCCAGAUCUUCUCUCUAGGUAAUAAAAGGAGAGCCAGGUAAAAAAGUACUCCACAGGAUUUAUGCCUUUCAUCCAUCUUAGCGUUUACUGUUUUGUAUACACACAUACAUGUGUGUGUAAGCAGCACUCUUUCUGAAAUGUAAAUACCCUCUAAAUACAUAGAAAAAUGUUUUGUUUUUUUUUUUUUUUGUAACAGAUGUACAUAAUCCAGACUGUUUGUGAAAUCUAAACAGAAUGCUCCAUGGAAAACUCCCAGGGAGAGAUUUAUAAAAACCUCCAGUUACUUAUAUUUAGAUCUACAACUGAAAAUAGACAAGAGUAUAAAUGGUAUGGAGUGGAGAAAGAGUUGCUGAAGAGAUUGUAGAAAGGAUUCUGAUAUUGUGAUGAGGUAAUGGUCAUCUACUUUUAGACAACAUCUGAGCAGCAGUUCCAUUUAUUUAGAUACAUUUCAAAGCAGAGAAAGAUGCUAAUCAGCUGAUUAAAUUUUUGUACAGCAAGUGGCUGAUGCAGAUGUAAUUACUCAGAGUGAUAAGCAGAUUGACAGGUUGUGGUAGCGAGCUGCAUUCCCAUUUGUUUGGUAAAAAAAAAACAUGUGCCACAGCUGGUGGGACAAGUCACAGAGUACUGCAUUGGUUUAACUGGUCUUGGGUUCUCACUUUGAAUUUAUUAUUUGUUUUGACUUACCUGCAAAUAGAGGUGACAUAUCUGCUACAUUCACUGUCUGGAAGAGAUGUUCAGAGAUCAGAACACUCUGUAGCUGUAAUGUGCAGAAAAUGAGCUGUUAUUUAACUAUUGUUCUUAUGUGAUUCUUUUAUGCAGUCUUUUUGACGAAGUAGGAUGAAAGCAACUUCUAGCUUAAUUCCUCUGAGUCCAUUUUGGGUUUUGAGAGCUGGUGCAGGGAACGGUUUCAAGUGUGGCUGAUCAGACAAAAGGCACCCAAACCACCUUUUGAUGCUCACAGCAUAACUUGCUUCUGAGCACUUUGUGACACUAACAAGUACUGGGAUGUAAGAAGGUGGCCAGUGCCACUCACCUUGGGACAUCAGGGCCCUUCAGUCGGUGUCUGAAUGUGGAUUUGGUUGGUUUAGCAGAAGCACCCAAGCUUGAGUACAUUGACUGACAUCUUGCAAGCAUCAGCCAUAUCAGCCUGGCAUGUAAACGUAAUGUCAAUAGAGAUCACCUCACAGAUUUUGUCUAAACUGUUCCCUGCUACUUGUAUCUUUGAUUUGCUGGUGAGAGGAAUCUGUGAUAAGAGAGUAUAGUGUAAUAUACUUUCUGCAUAUCUAAAAUAGUAUUUAAGUAAACACUUUAAAUUCUACACACUUAUUGCACUGAACUAUUUUGGGUUUUGUUUUUCUGUUGUGAUAAACUCGGCUCACUUCAGGUCCCAGCACCCAUUUGUGCUGAAGCAGUGUUUGACUUAGCAGGCUUACAGCAUUAUUUAUAAAGGACAGAUAUAUAUAAAUAUAUAAAGUACCUCAUGUUGAAUGUUAUUGUACUGUAUCUUUAAUGUCACAGUGCAGAUCUUGUUGGACUCAUGAAUGUGUAUAAUCACGUUAAAC